UCUUGGGAGAGGAAGCGGAAAGGGGGAAGAAAGGAGAGAGGAAGGAGAGGGAAGAGAGAGAGAGAGAGAGAGAGAGAGAGAGAGAGAGGAGAGUUUUGCGGUAGAAAUUUAUGGGAAUUAAGUGCAUUUCCUUGCAUGGCCAAGGGAGGUUUCCAGCCUCUUGGGGCGGCUCCUUCAGGCAUUGAUUCUUGCUUUUAAGGCUGGUCUCUGUUGAAAUUAAGGGCUAUCCCCUCGUGUUUGAGGCUUUGCUUUCCCUUCUUUGUGCCCAGAAGGCGAGCCCUCCAUCGGCUUUAGAAGGGAAAGAAAGCUUAUUCAGGGGGAAGCCUGAAUCUCGCGGCUAUCAGGCAGACCAGACUUCUGCAAAAUGAGUGUUAUAUCAGGUGUAAUCUCGAGGCAAGUCUUGCCUGCAUGCGGCAGCCUCUGCUUCUUCUGCCCGGCAAUGAGGGCAAGGUCAAGGCAGCCUGUCAAGAGAUACAAGAAGCUGAUUUCCGAUAUAUUUCCUCGAUCCCCGGAUGAAGAGCCAAAUGACCGGAAGAUAGGAAAGCUGUGCGAAUAUGCUGCUAAGAAUCCUCUGCGCAUUCCAAAGAUCACCAACACACUGGAGCAGAGAUGUUACAAGGAAUUGAGGAUUGAAAAUUUCAGAUUCGCCAAAAUCGUCAUGCUCAUCUACCGGAAAUUGCUGAUUACUUGUAAAGAUCAAAUGCCUCUGUUUGCAAGUAGCUUGUUGACCAUCAUUCUCACUCUGAUGGAUCAAACCAGGCAAGAUGAAAUGCGGAUCAUAGGAUGUGAGACUCUCUUCGACUUUGUCAAUAAUCUGAGGGAUGGCACUUAUAUGUUCAAUUUAGAAAGCUUUAUUCCGAAACUUUGUCAAUUUGCUCAAGAAGUAGGGGAAGAUGAAAGGGCACAGCAAAUACGCUCAUCAGGGCUACAAGCCCUUUCAGCGAUGAUUUGGUUCAUGGGCGAGUACUCACAUGUUUCGGCUGAGUUUGACAACGUUGUUCAAGUGGUCCUGGAAAAUUAUGCAAGUGGAAAGAAAAGUGCUGAAAAUGACAAGCAAGGCCCCCAGAGUCGAUGGGUGCAAGAAGUUCUAAAGAACGAGGGUCACGUCCCUCCCUCAAUAGAAUAUGCCGUGAAUGUCCCUUCAUGGGACAAAAUCGUAAAUGAAAAAGGAGAAAUGAUUUUGACAGGGGAAGAUGCAAAGAAACCUUGCCUCUGGUCCCGAGUUUGUGUGCACAACAUGGCCAAGCUAGCCAAGGAGGCUACAACUACUCGCCGUGUCUUAGAGUCCUUGUUUAGAUAUUUUGACAAUGGAAAUCUAUGGUCUGCAGAGCACGGCCUCGCUUUCCCAGUUCUAAAGGAUAUUCAAGUCUUAAUGGAGAGUUCUGGCAAUGAGGGGCAAAACACGCACUUUUUGCUGUCUAUACUAAUCAAGCAUCUUGACCAUCGUAACGUCCUGAAACAGCCCAGCAUGCAGCUCGACAUAGUAGAACUCACCACCUUCCUCGCUCAGCAGGCGAAGGUUGAGGCUUCUGUGCCCAUUAUCGGUGCAGUAAGCGACAUCAUGAGGCAUCUGCGGAAGAGCAUACACUGCUCUCUUGAUGAUGCUAACCUCGGAGAUGAUGUGAUUAAGUGGAACAGAAGAUUCGGGGAGAUGGUGGACGAGUGCCUUGUAGAGCUUUCCCUUAAGGUUGGAGAUGCAGGUCCCAUCCUAGAUAUCAUGGCUGCGAUGUUGGAGAAUAUCUCGACCAUUACUGUUAUUUCUAGAACAACCAUAUCCACUGUUUAUCGUACAGCUCAGAUUGUGGCCUCUCUCCCGAAUUUGACGUAUCAAAACAAGGCGUUUCCUGAGGCUCUGUUUCAUCAGUUACUCCCAGCUAUGGUCCAUCCCGAUCACGAGACACGGAUCGCUGCUCACCGAAUCUUCUCAGUUGUUCUUGUACCGUCUUCAAUUUGUCCCCAACUGUCCUCCUCAUCUGCUCAUCCCCAUGAGACAACAAAGAAGGGGCCGGACCUUCCGAGAACACUUUCAAGAACCGUCUCCGUAUUCUCUUCCUCAGCUGCCCUAUUUGAGAAGCUGAGAAACGAGAAGAAUUUCUUGAGAAAUAGCAAUGCCUCCCAAGAUGACAAAGAUAAAAGUGCGGGUGAUGCGAACAAUAUGGGAAUGUUGAGCAGACUGAAGUCAUCUUACAGCCGAGCGUACAGUAUGCGAAAUCCCGCUGUACCACCAGUAAUUGCUGCAACUCCUGUCGCCAAGUUAAAUAAGGAACUCGAGGCUUCUUCCCUCAGAUUGAGUAGCCGUCAGAUCACCCUCUUGCUCUCAUCCAUUUGGGCGCAGUCAAUCUCCCCAGAAAACAUGCCCGAGAAUUACGAAGCUAUCGCCCAUACGUACAGCCUCGUAUUGCUCUUCUCCAGAGCCAAGAAUUCCAGCAAUGAGGUUCUGGUACGGAGUUUUCAGCUUGCAUUUUCUCUGCGACAUAUUUCCCUCAACGAAGGAGGACCACUGCCACCUUCUCGUCGAAGAUCGCUUUUUACUUUGUCGACUUCGAUGAUCGUCUUUUCAUCGAUAGCCUACAGUGUUCUCCCCCUUAUUUACUGUGCCAAGGCAGCACUUUCAGACAAGACGGUUGAUCCCUUCCUGGAGUUGGUCGAAGACCGGAAGCUACAGGCGGUAAACAACGAGUCCAAACACCAUAUGGAUGCUUACGGAUCUAAGGAGGAUGAUGCUUCUGCCUUGAAAUCUCUCGCGCAAAUUCAGCUUUCUGAGGAUCAGACAAGAGAAUCCUUUGCCUCUGAAAUUGUCAAGACCUUAGGAACCUUGCCUGAGUCAAACUUGUCCACCAUCCACGAGCAGUUGGUCAGCGAAUUUCUACCCGAUGAAGUCUGCCCUCUGGGAGCCCAGUCGAUCAUGGGUUCUCCAGGCAAACUAUAUCCUGACGAAAUGAAAGACAGUGAACCUCGCGGGCAGCCUCCUUCCAUAUUAUCGGCAGAAGAGGAGGCUUUCACGGAUUCAUUUGAGAGUCAAACCAAACAGAACUUCGAUGCAAAUAUGGGUGGUUCUAAUCUCUUGAGUGUAGAUCAGCUACUAGAAUCUGUUCUGGAGACGGCACAUCAAGUUGGGAGACUGUCUGUCUCAACAGCACCGGAUGUGCCAUACAAGGAUAUGGCCCGGCAUUGUGAGGCCCUUCUGAUAGGGAAGCAACAGAAGAUGUCAACCUUGGUCAGCGUCCCGCAGAGACAGGAAAGUAUUAUGAAUGUUCCUGCACAGAACAUCAGCGAUGCAUCCCAUUUUACUGCUGAAAACGGCUUUCACCGGGUUGGGAAUCCGUUUGUUGAUUAUAAUGUGAAUUCGCAGAAAUCACCAGCCAGUGUGGUCCCGCUGCUGUGUGCGAGUGAAUUCCAGCAUAAUCCGGACAUGUUCAGGCUGCCUGCGUCCAGCCCAUAUGAUAACUUCCUGAAAGCUGCUGGUUGCUGAUCCUUCUGAGGCUCGGGGAUGGACGCGAUUCAGUGAUAAGUAUAAAUGAAGAACAUACCAACUACAGAACCAUUGACCUCCAGAUCAAAUGCAGCUGAGUGAUCUCUGACAGCGAGCAUUUGCCGUGGCUGCUCCUCGGUAGAUGGAUUGAUGAAGACACAGCGAAAUCUCGUCGAGAUCACUACUUCGCUGCUCGUAAAUUCUUUCAUUCUUUUACAUAUAUUAUUUCAUUCGUACAGUGGUUCUGGGUUGUGGAAUGACUCUCGUAGAAGAGGUUGUGCUGAAGAGUCACACUUCUCUCACAAUGUCUGAGACCGCUCCAUCAUCAGAGUUCCCAUCUGCUUCUGUAACCCAUUUCAAUGUAUAAAAUAUAGUAGGAAUUCUUCAUUUUCUCAGCAUUUUGAUUAAGGCGUCUGUAAUUUCUCGAACCUGAACGUAAACGCAUAUAUAUAAUACAAUACUUAGUUACUGAGAAGAAGACAUGUCUUCUCAGAGUUUGA